AUGGCUGCCUUGGAAGAACAGUUAGCUUUACCGACCGAUGUCGGUCCGGAACUGGUGGAAGUUGUGCUUCCCACGAAGACCGUCCCGUCUUAUGAACAGCGGGUUAUCGGUAAAGCGGCCGAGAUUGAGGGCGUUGAAGAGUUCCGAGGGAUACCGUACGGCAUUGUCCCGGGCCGAUGGCAGCACGCGUUGCUUCGGGACAGGCUGCCCGUGAAUGUAUUCAAUGCCACGAAGAAUGGCCCUCGCUGUCCCCAGGCCCAAGAGCCUAACACCAGCGAUUUUUUCCAGUCGCACCUUGAUUUCCCAAGUGAUGUCGCGGAAUCCGAAUUCGACUGUUUGAAUCUUUAUAUCACAAGACCAAAAGCAUCAGCCCUGAGCGCAGCGAAAACUGACCGUAAAGAUGCAAGCCUCCCUGUCUAUGUAUAUAUUCACGGCGGAGCAUACAGUUUCGGCGCAGGAACUGAUCCUAUGUGGGAUCCUGCCCGCCUGGUGAAAAAAUCCAUUGAUCGAAAGACCCCAAUCAUAGUCGCAACAGUCAACUACCGACUAAACAUGUUCGGCUUCGGCGCGUCUUCGGAAAUCAUCCAAGGCCAACCAGAGGGCCAACUAAAGGGCGGCAACUUCGGUCUAACAGACCAACAUACGGCUAUUCGAUGGGUUCGCGAGAACAUAGCCGCCUUUGGCGGUAACGUGAACCAGAUGACAGUGGGUGGACAAUCAGCCGGCGGAAGCUCGUCUCAUGCGCAGAUUGCACAGGCAAUUUUCGGAAAACGGGAUCCACUCGUUCACCGUGCUAUCAUUCAGUCUGGUGCUGUGGGCGUCUUGGGCCCGAUUACCAUGGACAAGGCUGAUAGACGGUGGAAUGCUUUUUGCGAACAGUUGGAUGCACCUGAGGAUUCAACAUCUCGUCUGUCGUACAUGGCAAAUUUACCACCCGACAGGCUUCUGAAAGCAUUUUACGAGCUUGGGUGGAUGGUUAGUCCCCUUGUUCUGGAUGAUUUGACUAUGUCGGAAAAUGCUGGUUCGCGAUGGAGGUGGAACAUACACCUCGACGGACCUGAAACAGAUAUGAUCCCGAAAGUCCCUAAAGACGACGUUGACCCGAUUGCUAUCCUCAUUGGAGAUACGGACCUCGAGGGCUCCAUGCACGCUGGCCAGGUUUCCAAGAUCAAAAGCUACACCCAGUUCCAGGACCUGUUGGCACGCAAAGUCGCCCAGCCAGAAUUCCGAGAGAAGUUCAAUGAGAUAUACGGUAUCCGCCCCGAUAUGCCUCUACCCGACCUCCACGAACAAAUCUACCACUUCUUAACCGAUCUCCAAUUCGGAUUACCUGUCCACCUUGCUCGAAACGAGUUGAGGAACUGUUCAACAACUAUACAAGAGGCAGUAACAGAGUUCGUUGGGCGUCCCACCAAUACACAAUCAUUCCGCGUGAACGUCGGCAACCCAUUCUCAGGACCGAAUUAUCAAAAAGCACAGCAUUGCGUUGAUUUGAUCUACAUCUACGAUGCGUUCGCGGAAGCCUUGCGCGCUGUGGACGAAAAACUACCUGCAGAUGUUGUCAAAAACCAAGCUAUGGUUGAGGCUUUCCAAGAGGACUGGAUUCGGUUCAUUGCUGAUCCGAUUGACGGUCGUGCGGAUGGGCGGGCGACAUACUACAAUGCGGAUAGGACGACAAACGUCGUGGACGUUGACCUGGAUGAGAAAUGGUCGGAGAGAAAAGUGAGAUAUGAGUUCUUGAACACGUUUCCUCUUUCUUCGCAGCAGACGUUGGAGGCAUUGAGUGGAGAUGGACACUCUUUCUAG